GCCCCCUGUCCGCGGUGCACUCUGGGCUCGCAGAGAUGGCGGCGCUCAGCGCGGGCCGGGCGGCGGCGGCGGGGCUCCUGCGUGCCCAGAGCCUCGGGGCAUGGCGGGCGCUGGGCACCUCGGCCGCCCUCCUGCAGCAGGCACAGGCCAAGUCCCACAGGGCUGAGGGGACAUUCCAGGUGACAAUGCUGCCGGGGGACGGCGUGGGCCCGGAGCUCAUGCACGCUGUCAAGGAGGUCUUCAAGGCUGGCAAUGUCCCCGUGAUCUUUGACGAGCACCACCUGAGCGAGGUGCAGAACACGGCGUCCGAGGAGAAGCUGGACCGGGUGGUGGAUUCCAUGAAGGAGAGCAAGGUGGCCCUCAUUGGGAAGAUCCACACACCCAUGGAGUACAAGGGAGACCUGGCGUCCUAUGACAUGAGGCUCAGGAGGAAGCUGGACCUGUUUGCCAACGUGGUGCACGUCAAGAGCCUCUCGGGUUACCAGACCCGGCACAACAACCUGGACCUGGUGAUCAUCCGCGAGCAGACCGAGGGCGAGUACAGCUCCCUGGAGCACGAGAGUGCCAAGGGCGUGAUCGAGUGCCUCAAGAUCAUCACCAGGGCCAAGUCCCAGCGCAUCGCCAAGUUCGCCUUCGACUACGCCACCAAGAAGGGCCGGGCCAAGGUCACAGCUGUGCACAAGGCCAACAUCAUGAAGCUGGGCGAUGGGCUGUUCCUGCAGUGCUGCAAGGAGGUGGCCGAGCUGUACCCCAAGAUCAAGUUCGACACCAUGAUCAUCGACAACUGCUGCAUGCAGCUGGUGCAGAACCCGUACCAGUUUGACGUGCUGGUGAUGCCCAACCUGUACGGCAACAUCGUGGACAACCUGGCGGCGGGGCUGGUGGGCGGCGCGGGCGUCGUGCCCGGCGAGAGCUACAGCGCCGAGUACGCCGUCUUCGAGAUGGGAGCCCGGCACCCCUUUGCCCAGGCCGUGGGCAGGAACAUCGCCAACCCCACGGCCAUGCUGCUCUCGGCCUCCAACAUGCUGCGGCACCUCAACCUGGAAUACCACUCCAACAUGAUCUCGGACGCGGUGAAGAAGGUGAUCAAAGGUGGAAAAGUCCGGACCCGGGACCUGGGCGGUUACUCCACCACCUCCGACUUCGUCAAGUCCGUCAUUGACAACCUGCACCCCAACUAUGGGGCCUAGACCCCCCCUGCACCCCAACUAUGGGGCUCAGACCCCCCAGCAGCUCCCCCUGCACCCCAACUAUGGGGCUUAGCCCCUCCCCAAACCCCUCCCAGCCCCACAGGGAGGAACUCCAGGAACCUUCACCCUUCCCCAGCCCCACAGGAGGCGACCAGUGCAGAGUUUGGGAUGUUCUGGGUGGUUCUGGGGGGAUGUGGCAGCGACCCAAAAUCAUUGGCAGCUCAUUGGGACCCCCCACUAUGGCUCUGGGACCCCCCCAUUCCCAUGGGAUCCCCAUUACUGGAUUAUCAUUGCUGUGGGACCAGUGGGAUUCUCAGAUCCCUGACUUUGGGAUCCCCAUUUCUAUGGGAACCCUGACUACAGGACCCUCCCUUUUCCAUGGGGUCAUUCUGACUGUUGGACCAGUGGGAAUUGUGGGAUCCCUGUGAGAAUGGGACCUUGGAUUGUGGGACCCCGUUCCCAUGGGAUCCCUGACUGUGGGACCCCCAUUCCCAUGGGAUCCCUGUGACUGUGGGACCCCCAUUCCCAUGGGAUCCCUGACUGUGGGACCCCCAUUUCCAUGGAAUCCCUGACUGUAGGACCCCCCCCCCAUUUCUAUGGGAUCAUUCUGACUGUUGGACCAGUGGGAUUUGUGGGAUCCCUGUGAGAAUGGGACCUUGGAUUGUGGGACCCCCCCCCCCCAUUUCUAUGGGAUCAUUCUGACUGUUGGACCAGUGGGAAUUGUGGGAUCCCUGUGAGAACGGGAUUGUGGGAACCCCAUCCCCAGGGAACCCCUGUAACUGUUGGACCAGUGUGGGAUUUUUGUGGGACCCCAUUUCCAUGGAAUCCCUGACUGUAGGACCCUCCCUCCCCAUUUCUAUGGGAUCAUUCUGACUGUUGGACCAGUGGGAUUUUGUGGGAUCCCUGUGAGAACAGGACCUCAGACUUUGGGAACCCCAUCCCCAGGGAACCCCUGUAACUGUUGGACCAGUGUGGGAUUUUUGUGGGACCUCCAUUCCCAUGGGAUUCCCAGUUUGGGACCUCCAUUCCCGUGGGACCCAUCCCCUGCAGCUUUCAGCAAUAACCAGGGUGCCACCCCCCACCCUGCACCCCCUUGGCAGCUGCUGGCACAGGGUCCCCACGCCGUGGGGUGACCCUGGGACACUCCAGCCCUGGCACAGGGUGGGGGGGUGACCCUGUGCCCCCCAGUCCAUGGGCAUUGGGGAGCUGGGGGCCGAUCCCGUAACGCUGUGCCCGUGGGGCCGGGCCUGGUGCCACCCCGGGCAGUGCCAUGGUGCGUGUGCUCUGUACUCUGCUUUGCUAAUAAAGGGUCCAACGCUUCCCUGCA